AUGGCUGGUCAUUACAUUUUAAAAGAUGGCUUUGCACCUGUAAUGCUUAUUUCAAACAAAUUACUUGCUUACAGCUCCAAGGUGCGAGUUCUUAGUUUUAUGCCCGUAAUGCCCCUUGCCCCUCAGGAGAAUGAACGUGUUGUUGAUAUGGCUGCUGCUCCUGGAAGCAAAACAACUUAUUUUGCUGCACUGAUGAAAAAUAGUGUGAACCAAAAUAUGCUGGGUGCUUUCGUUGUAUUUUACUAUGCGCUCAUGUACAUCAUUCUUAGUCAUGUGGUUUACAUUAGCCUGUGCUGUCAAUCUCUGCCUAAAGUCUUUGGUCAGAACACUGCUGAUAGGAUUUUGCUGGAUGCUCCCUGCAGUGGCACUGGGGUAAUCUCCAAGGACGAGUCUGUUAAAACUUCCAAAACCGCUGCUGAUAUACAAAACUGCUCACAACUGCAGAAGGAACUGAUACUUGCAGCGAUUGACAUGGUUGAUGCCAACUCAAAAUCAGGUGGAUACAUAGUGUAUUCUACCUGCUCCAUUAUGGUUGAUGAGAAUGAAGCAGUUAUAGACUAUGCACUCAAGAAGAGAGAUGUUAAACUUGUGUCAUGUGGUCUUGAUUUUGGGAGGCCUGGAUUUAUUCGCUUUAUGCAGCACCGCUUCCACACAUCUUUGGACAAGACAAGGCGAUUCUAUCCUCAUGUGCACAACAUGGAUGGAUUCUUUGUAGCAAAGGUGUAUGCCGUAUCAUUUGGUGAUAAUUUGUGCUGUCAAUAGCUGCAUAGCAAAUGCAUUACUCAAGAGUUCAGUUUAUUGAAAUAGAGAGAAUUAUGGACCAACGAGAAGUAUGAGAAAUCCUUCAGCAUGAGAAGUAUCAAGUUGAGAGCUCUAAUACAGGAUUCAAAGUCCUACCUCUUUACAGGUCAUUGAUGUCUAUUCUUAAAAUUGAUUACAAAGCCCCAAGUGAAGUACAAGGAUAAGCACAUUAGUUAUUCUGCCUUAGUAAUAUCAUUCAAUUCUCCUGUUUGAAAAAUAUGAGCAACUCCAAAUCUGCUGCACAAUCGUCGGCUCAGUCUGAAGAAAUACAAGGUGCUGAUACCAUUGAGAGCAUUGACCUACAUAAUGUUGAAGGGGAUGACAAGCAUUCAGAGCAAAAAGGCAUUGCAGAAGAGAAUGGGAAAUUGAAUGAAAAAGUAGCGGCUGAUAAAAAGAGGGAGAUGCAUGUCCAAAAGCAUUCAGAUAAAAAAGUUGUUGGACAAAACGGUGGUGUAACUAAAAAUGGGAGGGCAGAAAUCGGGAAGAGAAGAGGAUAGCAAAGCGAAAAGCCAUGAGGAAGAAAAAAGGUGGAAACCAAUGAGUUCUCUGUAAAAUGGUAGUUUUGCGAUAUGAGGAGGAUAUUUUAUCAGAGGCGACAUGAGCAAACACAAAACUAAAGUUGUUCUCUGGCGAUGUUGUUAAGCUUAACUCUGGAAUUAUUAGCAGCUGCCAGCUGGUGGUAAUAUUUCUGCUGUUGGUUGAUGAGUUUGAGAUAAAGAGGGUUGGUGAUCAUAUAUGGUUUGCUUUAGAAAAAUGAAAAUUAGGAUUCAUGGUUGCACGAAUCCAGAAUUCCCUUUCCUGACCGAAGUCACUAAGGAAUGAGAAGAUUGGAGGCUGAUGAAAGGACACUCUUGAAGAAGCUUUCUUUUGAAAAUGGACGACCCAAAGCCCCUUAAUCUCGGCGGCUAGGUUGGCACAUAGUAUAAAAAAAUAUUCAAUGAAGCUUUCUUUUGUCUUCAUCACCGGUUCACCAAUAGUUAGCUAACAUUUUUUCCUGACUGGUCCAAAAUUUUGUAUCUGUAGUUGAUGUUAUACUUUAUUCCUUUUGAGAGUGAGCAAUGAAAAUUAUAAAGAGAAAAGUAGUUUGUAUUC